AUGCGCUUCACACUUCUCCCAACCUGCCUUGCGCUCACGGCGGUGGCAGACUCGCUCCCCGGCCUCCCAACGGUUCCCUUCACCUCCACGGGCGGCACCCUCCCCCCCGCUUUCCUUACCAAGAUCAUCGUCUCCUCCGACUUUGCAGAGUCCGUCGACGAAGCCGGACAGACCCUGAUCCCGCCAACGCUGCACUCCUUCGCUGCAACCUUUGCCUCUGAUCUCGCCUCCACUCUUCACCUCGACAUCCCCGUCAAGCUUGGUGACGCUGCGGAGCAGGGGUCGAUUUUCCUCACGCUGGGCGAUGCGGGGCUCUACAGGGACGCCGCAGGUCGCGAGAGCUCCGAGGGGUAUUCGCUGAACGUGACCAUCGACGGAGUUCUGAUCACCGGCGCGAGUCCGUUGGGGGUGUGGUGGGGGACCCGAUCUCUUCUACAGCAGCUGGUCCUCGGCAACGGCGAAGUGAAGUUGGGAUACGGGACCGAUACGCCCGGCUGGGGCACCCGGGGAAUGAUGUUCCUCGUCGAGAUGUGCGCUUACAUGUCCUUCUUCAAACAAAAUACGUUCCAGCUGCACCUCAGCGACAACCUCUACAACAAUGUCGCCAUCUAUUCCCGCGAGCGGAGCCUCUCGCUGUACGCCGCGUUCCGCCUGCUGUCCGACGACCCGUCGCUCGAGGGGCUCAACAAGCGCGCCAACGAGUCCUAUACACGCGACGUCUUUGACGACAUCCAGACGAAAUGCGCCGCGCGAGGCGUCACGGUGCUGCCGGAGAUCGAGGCGCCAGGGCACGCGCUGGUGAUUUCGCAAUGGAGGCCGGAGCUCGGGCUGAACAGCGACUUGAGCCUGUUGAACAUAUCGAACCCUGAAACGAUUCCGGCGGUCAAGAAGAUCUGGGAUACCUUUCUGCCGUGGUUUCACACCAAGACGGUGUCGAUCGGCGCGGAUGAGUACGUUGACCCGACGUUGAGCGAAGAGGCACUCGUCGGAGAGUACACACGCUUUGUGGACGAAAUGAACGAGCACAUCACGAGUACAUCCGGGAAGCAUGUCCGCAUCUGGGGUACGUUUGCCCCUUCGGUCGGCGGGACCGUCAACAAGUCAGUCUCGAUCCAGCACUGGGCCAACUUCGAGGCGAACCCACUCUACGACUUUCUCAACAACGGCUACGACGUGCUGAACUCGGGCGACUACGUGUAUACCGUUGGGAAAUGGUCGCAAUGGUAUGGUCCAACAUUGAGCCUCGAGUUCAUCUUCCACGGCUCGCCGGACGGGUCGGCCUUUGCGCCCAACGUCUUUGAUCGCGAAAAUGCCACCAAUAAUGUUGCGAGAGACAGCCCGUCGCUACUGGGGCACAUUGCGCCGCAAUGGAACGACUACGGUCCGAACGCAACGACAGUGACGGAGGGCUACUUCCAGUGGCGGGACGGAUUGCCUGCGCUCGCGGACAAGCAGUGGGGAGGCGAGGUGGCCGAGGCCGACUAUGAAUUUCUGUUCUCUGCGCUGCAGCCUUUCGCGCCGGGGCAGAAUCUGGACCGCAGGAUCGCGUCCAAGGGACCGACGAUUGUGGAAUACGACUUCAGACAGGGGCAAGGUCACAACGGCACGACUGUGGAGGAUAGGUCGGGGAACGAAUACCAUGCGACGUCAACGUGCGCGACGGGCAACGAGGGCGCUAUCCUUGCGGCGUCGUGUCGCAUCGCGACUCCUUUGGUGCAAAAGGGGCGGAACUACACGCUCUCCUUCACCGUCAAGCCCACAUCGGAAGCCAGGGGAGCCAUCUUCAGCGGCGGAGACAGUGGGCUGUGGUUCGGCAACGGGAGCGUGGACGCCAGCACGUACGCGCUCAACUACACGUUUCCCGUGGGGCAAUGGACGAACGCGAGCCUCAUUGGCAGGGGCACGCAGACGUUUCUGGACGUCGGGGAGGGCGAGCCCAUGGAGUUUCUGACUGUGCUGGGAUGGAACGGGGACCGGUUUGUUUGGGCACCGAUUGCGGUAGAGGCGCCUUUGGCCACAAUCGGCGGCAGCGGGUUUGAAGGCGUCAUAGGCCAGAUGAAGCUGGUUGACGACGCUUAG